AUGGAGAGGCAAGUCGAAAACAAGUUCGUCUGGGUGAUAAAGCAUGCCGUCUCUUUGUUGUCAAUAAUUGAAUCUGCCACCUUUGUGAUUGCUGGAUUUAAAUGGCGUCUUAGUGCACAUCCCAAGGAAGGUAACAUAGAUUUCUACUUUCGGUAUUGUGGUGUAGCCGAUGAUCCUAAUCAUCCAUUGCCUGCUUGUUGGAGAGCAUAUGAGAAACUUCGCAUGAAAAUCAUCAAUCGACUAUCUGAAACACUCUCUAUUGUGUCAGGUGCGACAGACACAGAGAUUUACUUUAAUGAGAAGUCUCCCCUGUGGUCUUACCCAUGCGUACUCUCUCCUUCCAAACUCUUGGACAGAGAUGGCGGAUUUUUGGAAAAUCGAGAACUGAUGAUUGUGGUUGAGGAAGUUGCUCAUGUAGUACAUGGAGCUUCAGGUCCAUCAGAUGAUUAUCAGCUUUUGAGCAAAUUUCAGGAAAGUCAAGGUGCCGACGAGAAUCGACCAGCGAAGAGAAUCAUUGAUAUCAAUGGGUUUCGUGUUCCUCCUACAAAGAAUAAGUCUUUUAUGCUUGCCAGCCGAAAGAAGAAAUUCGUUGCGGUCAAUGGGUUUCAUGUUCUUCUUUCACAGGUAAACACUGUGAAGGGGAUAUUUCAAAAAUACCCAGACUUUGCGUCCAGAUUCCGUUUUAAGAAUCGGCAUCUGAGGACAAAAUACAUCAGUGGCGUCCUUGUACUGAUUAAAACACUCUGCAAGCCGCCUGUGCAGCUCACUUAUGAUGCUCUGGAUGAAGCAUCGUAUGCACUGUCGCACGCAGAAAAGGGAGGUUUUGACUUGGAUUGGUUGGAGAGGAUGCUGGAUGAAGUAAGGGCAAAGAAGAUGAAAUUGGACUCUGGUAAGGCUCGGAUUAGAGAAAUUAUGGAAGAGUUAGAGGCUUCUGUUGAUAGAUGGAAUGUCUUGAAAGAAAAUCUGGCCAAGGAGAAAGAAGACAUGUCAGCUGCCCGUGCUCCUCUCUCGUUCGAUGAUGUCGUUUGA